CGGAGCGGAAGCAGAUUCCCGCAACGGAACUAGACAGAUCUGCGAUGAGUUUUGAGUGGCCCUGGCAGUAUAACUUUCCUCCGUUUUUUACAUUGCAGCCCAAUGUUGACACGAGGCAGAAGCAGCUGGCGGCCUGGUGUUCGCUGGUUCUGUCCUUCUGCAGACAGAGCAAGCUGUACACGCUGGACCUGCUGGAGGCGCAGGAGAGCGCCGUCUUCAACAACCACAAAAUACACAGAAAACUUUCUGUCGAAGCCAUACAAGUAGUUUUUGAAGAACUGAGAAAGAAAGGAAACCUGGAAUGGUUGGAUAAGAAUAAAUCCCGAUGUCUUGUAAUGUGGAGGAGACCAGAGGAGUGGGGCAAACUCAUUUAUCAAUGGGUUUCCAAAAAUGGCAUGGUCAACUCAGUGUUUACACUUUAUGAACUCACUAACGGAGAUGACACAGAAAAUGAAGAGUUCCACGGUCUGGAGGACUGGAUGCUGCUGCGGUCACUGCAGGCCCUGCAGGCUGAUGGGAAGGCAGAAAUUAUUGCUAUGGAUGAUGGAAAAGGUGUCAAGUUCUUUUGAAUCAGGCUUUGUGAAGUCAGACUUUGGGGAGUGUUGGGUCUCUGUCAGCCCAACAUCGUCUCAGUCCACUUGGGAUCUUUCCAGACUCUAUAUUACACUCCGCCACUAAAUCAAGUCAUUAUUUGGCACACAUGAGCCCAAACUAAAUUAAAGGGUCUUCCUUGUUGGAACAUGUUUAAAUCGGUGGUUUUACACCCGUUCCUAAGCAGACAAAGUGAAAUGUCAGACCUAAACUAAGGAAUGCGAUUAUCUCAAUGCAGACCCAGACUAAAUGAUUUUUUUUGUGUACGUAUGUUUUUAUCCCAAUCCUUUUAUUGCUGUAAAUCCCGAAGGACUCUCGUUCUACUUGAACAUUAGUUCUGUGUAGAACCACGAAGCUAGAAACGGUCUUCGUGAGUCCUGCGAAGCUCCCUGGCUAAGAUUACGUGUUCUCCAGUAAACGUCGUGUUCCUGACGGCAGUGGAAUUCAUAUCAACGUUUUGCUGAAAUCUGGUAGCAUUCACUCCUUCCCCGGCUGUCACUGUAUCCUCUCAUCUUUUAUACCGAUGUAAUACUGUACAAAUAAACGAGGGAGACGUUUUCAGUUCUCUCCUGCAAACC